AUGCACAAUAUCACUUUUAAUAAAGUUUCAAAACCAUUAUUGUUAAAUGGCUCCACGGUCACUCUGCUUGAUCCAGAAUUAGAAUUCAAUAACCCUGUCGAUAUCCUGAAAAAGAAUAGAAUUAAAGAUGCAUCUUAUGAGUUUGACCUUGUCUUUGAUUAACAAGCCGAUCAAAAGGAAGUCUAUGAAAAAUCAGCAGAACCCCUUCUCGAUGAUCUUAUUUCAGGUUAAAAUGUAACUAUUUUUGCAUAUGGAGCAACAGGAAGCGGCAAAACUCAUACCAUGAUGGGAAGCCAGAAUCAGCAAGGCAUAAUACCAAGAGCUUUGAAUGAUUUGCUUGGUCGAUUGUCAAAAGAAUAAGCAGCUCAAGCCUCACUCACCUUCUUAGAAAUAUACAAUGAAACUAUUCGAGAUCUCUUAACUGGGAAGCUUUUGGACUUGAGAGAAGAUGGCAAUAAGGGAUUGGUGGUUGUGAACUUAUUCAAAGCGCCUGUCCCCUCUCUUAAUGAUAUAAACCAAUACAUCAAAUACGGGAACAGCAGAAGAGCAAAGGAGCCAACAGGUGCUAAUGAGAACUCUACACGUUCUCACACAGUUUUGCAAUUGAUGCUAAAGCAAUGCACCUUUACCUUUGUUGAUUUGGCUGGUUCUGAAAGAGCUUCCCAAACCACUAACAAAGGACAAAGAAUGGUUGAGGGAGCAAUGAUAAAUCGAUCACUUUUAGUUCUUGGCAAUUGCAUCAAGGCCUUAUUCUCAAAGGAAUAAUUUGUGCCUUUUAGAGGCAGCAAGUUGACGAGACUUUUAAAGGAUGCUCUCCAAGGCAAUUCUAAAACUGUCAUGAUCGCUAAUGUUGCUCCCAACAAUUAUGAGGAUUCAUUUAAUACACUCCUUUAUGCUCACAGAACUAGGAAUAUUGAUCCAACACCUAACAAUUUCUAAGAGAUGAUUGUUUAAUUAAGGGAAGAGAAUGAAGACAUCAAAAAGACUCUCAAGAAAUAAAAUAGUUAAUCCAAGAUGCAGUUACAAAUUGAGCAGUAAUUUAAAGAGCAAUAGAGAUAAGAGAAGAUGGAUAAGCAAUAAUCAUAACAAUAAGUUUAGUAAAUUCAACAGUAAUAAAUUCAAUAGCAACAAGCAGAAAAAUAAGCCUAUGAUGAAGAACAAAUUAAAUCAAUUAUUUUAAAGUAAUUUGCUUAGGAAUCAGAGUUAAUUAAGUCAUUGUUUAAGUUAGAGGAUGCUUUGAUGCAGACUCAUCUAGACAUAGUUGAAUAUUAAAAAUAGCAGAGUGUGUAAUUCCAAUAGAAGACUGAGGAUCUGAUUACUAAAUGCACUGAUUCAAUUAAUAAUACAGAGAAUGAGUAAUUUGAAAUUGCUAUGAAGUAUAAAGCAAUCUUACAGUAAAGAAGAAAAAUAUAUGAUUAAUGCAUGCAAAGUCAAUUUCAAUCAGUCAAGGAUGAAUUUAGAAAAUAGGUUCAAAAUAUAGAGAAGAUGAAGGGUUUACAGAGUGACAAGAGGGAAGAAGUGAUGAAGAAGUUUAAGGAGUUGGAAAUAGAACAUCUUAAAAAGAUUUCUAAUUAAAAAAAUGGGAAUCAACCCUAAAUUGAUGAGGAAACCUUAAAAGAAAUUAAGAAAAAUAGAUUGCAAAGUUUAAACAAACAAAUUAAAGACGGAAAAUUGUGA